AAACACUGAAUCAAAAGCUUUCUGAUGGUGACGAACUACACUAUAUCCAUACACGCAUACACUUAGAUGCGGGAAACACGAGCAUUCGCACACAUCUUUUUUUAAGUUGUCGAGAAAUAGAAAAAAAAGUAGAUGUAACAAGUGAAAACAGCUUUGGACACAGUAGUAGCGAGUAACAUUUAAUUUUCAAAGUGAAUUUCUUAGACAAACUCACUCAUUCAUUCGCCCUGAUUCGAGAACGUAUCAAUUUAAUAUAUUAAAUUAGAAAAAAAAAUCUUUAAAAAUUCAAAACGUGUGCCAAUUGAGUGGAAAAUUGAAAAAUUCAAAAGCAAAUAGUUGUUGAUUUACACGUUGUACAGUGCUGGUUGAUUGAGUUAAGUGUUCGCCAAGUGCCUGAAGGAUGUAAAACAAAAAUUAAUACAAAGAUUAGUGAAAACAACUCAUACGAAUUGAAAUAAGAGUUUAACGAGUUUGACAAAAACGCACAUUGAAUAGUAGACCACGCAGUACCUUACAGUUGUUCACUGUUUUCACAAUUUGAUUUCGCGAUGUUUUAUGACAUGAUUUGAAAAUAUUGCUGUAAAUCACAAAUAGAAUACUAGACGACACUGUUUUCUUGGCAAAACUGGAAAAUUUGUAAAAUCAUACUUAGACUGAUCUCAUGCAUUGUCAUCGAUUGUCACACUUCCAGAAUUUAUCAGCAAAAAACGUUAUCGAAUGAAAAAUCGACUAAAACAUAACGAACAAUUUCAAUAAACAGUUUCAACUGCCUUCGAAGCAAACAUUUUGACAAAACAGGAUUUUAGUUGACAAAUUAGAUAGCUUUAUUUUAAGAAUAGAAAGAGGAAGUCGAGAGUAUCAAAAUGCCUGAAGUUCUUAGUUUAUCCAGUAUGGCCGAUGCGGAGCCAGAUUUGUCAACAUUCGAGAAUAAAACGGGACUGGCUGAAGAUAUGAAAUUCUUAGCAUCAAUGCCAGAACUAUGCGAUGUAACGUUCCUCGUCGGUGAUACUCGUGAACCCGUUUGCGCAGUAAAAGCGGUGCUUGCGUCUCGAUCUCGAGUUUUCCAAAAAAUGUUGUAUCAAGCUCCAUCGCCACAAAGAAAGAAGGAACCACCACCACGGGAAAAUAAACUGCGACUUUUUCUAAAGCGUUCAUCGGAACCUCUUUUGAAUCUACAGAAUGCAGCGCAACAGCCAUCUGGGCAAGCCCAUCAAACGCUGAUUAUUGAGGAAUUUGAGCCAGACGUAUUUCGUCAAUUGAUUGAAUACAUACAUACAGGAUGCGUGACAUUGCAACCGCGAACAUUACUCGGUGUAAUGAACGCAGCCGACUACUACGGUUUGGAGGAAUUGCGCCGAGCGUGCGCUGGCUUUGUGCAAUGUUGCAUUAAUGUGGACACGGUUUGUGCACUUUUGGCAUCGGCCGAACGUUAUAUUCAGUAUAAAUGCACAAAAAGUUUGGUGCAAAAAGUCCUCGAAUUCGUCGAUGAGCAUGGCAAUGAAGUGCUGAAUUUGGGCAGCUUUACUUUGCUACCACAGCAUGUGGUUCGCCUAAUUUUAGCUCGUGAAGAACUGAGAGCUGAUGAAUUUACAAAAUUCCAGGCGGCUCUAAUGUGGAGCAAAAAGUACUGCGACAAUAAUCCGAAUGUGCCGCUGAAGGAAGUGGUUGGGAAUUUUCUGGAAUAUAUACAAUUUCAUAAAAUUCCUGCGAAUGUUCUGAUGCGAGAAAUACAUCCGCUGGGUUUGGUACCGUAUUCAAUUAUAAUGAACGCUCUUGCAUAUCAGGCUGAUCCGGCUAGCGUGGAUCCGGGCAAUUUAUCACCAAAUUCAAGCCGUGGCCCCUCUUCCCAUCACCACCAUUCCAAACACCUGCCCAAGAUCCGCAAAGCUAAAUCACAAAGCUUCCGUACUAGACGCUCUCCAUCUGAACGCCGUAGUCCAAACUCAUUCAUCCCAUUCAGUCUUGGUUCCAGCUCAACCAACAAUACCACAAUCGAACGUAAACGUAGUCCAUCACAAAAAAGUCCCAGUAUUAUGUCGAUGUCUCAACAAGAAAGCAAAAGCCCUGGUAGUAUGUCGUCAAAAAGUCCAUUCUCCCUAUCUCGCCAAGGCACUUUGCGAUCGUCUCAUUCGCGCAAGAACAGCACUGGACACAAUUUAACCUUAAAUACGGGCCGAAGAAGCCCAAAUCAACAGCUAAUUAGUCCAUCGGGUGGCCGUAGAUCUCCUGUUUUUCUCAUGUACGAUGGUAAUCGAACGCCUCUUGAUUUGCUUGAGCAAAGAAAAAGCCCAACAACAAAGUUCCCUGGAAAUAAUAAAAGUCCCACUGGUCAUCGCAGCCCAUUGGGCUUUGGUGGUGAUUUCGAUAGACGGAGUCCAACAUCCACUGUGCAUGUUCAAGAUCAAAAAAGCCCAACAGCUGUAUUCCUUGGGUUCGACGAUGGUCGACGUAGCCCAACGAUUCAAGUACAAUCACGUCGAUCACCAAUCAAUUUUCCACAAGGACUGAAUACUUUAUUGCCCGUGCCACCGAUAACCGUGUCGAAUCCAUCAGAAAGUUGUGGCAUUACGGAAAAAGUGUUUGAUUUCUCUUCAUCUCUCGAAAUGACAACAUCGGACAUAUGUGUGCCAAUCAAUAAACAAUCCUCUAAAGACGAACCACCAACUGAAGUCCCAUCUGAACCACGUAAAGAACAGCGCAGCGUAAUGCGAGAACUAUUGGCCUUUGUACGAAAGCCAUCAAAGAAAGCAGCAACACGAAAAUUUGCCGCAGCAUUUUCUCGGGCCGAAUCAAACUCAGCGACUCCCCUCUUGCGUCAAAGUACAUUUUCUAGUGCCCCAAGGGCGUCCAGUGGGGCUGCAAAGACUGCGGUUACAAAACAACUGUCGGAGGCUGGACUUGAAUCGAAAAUGUCAUUGAAAAUAUUGAACUCGAAAAUGUCGUUCCGCCUACGACGAACAGUCGAGAAGGUCGUCAAAGAUAGAAAAUCAAGUGGCGAAGAAGUUAGCGAAAGCUUGGAAAGUGAUUCGAAGGCUCAAAAUUUCGAAUUGGACAGUAUGGUAUUUGAAAAAGUUGGCGAAUCAUACAUCAAACAUGAGAAAAUCCGUGAAGAAACGAUUGAAGAUUCGACACCAAGCCCCGUUCAAAUUGUCGACAUAAAUGCAAUACAAUUUAAUAGUCAAAGCAGAAAAUCAAAUAGCAAUAACAAUAACAAUAAUGUUAAUAUUCAGAUACGGACAAAUGAAACCAAAGAUUCGACAGCUCGAGACGUUGGAUAUGAUUGUCACUUUAGGAAGGAUGAGAACAGCACCAGUGUCGACAGUAUAAAAGAAGAUGGAAUCACAAUCAAUGGCAAUCUAACGCAUGCCACCAGUUUCACCGAUGAAGCGGUGAAUACACUCAAAAAUGCACUUGAACAUUUUGUCUUGAAACCCGAACCAGUCUACGCCAAAGCCGCAAACAGUUCAAAAGAUGUGGCCUGCAGUGGAGAACAGAAAAUGGAACUUCAAUGCCCCACGUUUGAAAUCAUGCCUCCAUCUCGUCGAUCAUCAUUUGAUCCACCGCGUUCGCCAUAUUUGGAAAAUUUACGUAGUCCUUGUGAAACCGAUCCAGAAAUAAUGAAUUUGAAUCGCUUAGAUUCAGCGGGUGAUAGUUUUGAAAUGAUCGACACCGAUCGAAACCAUGAAUCAAGUUUUGAGAGUCGCUACCCAUCAUCGAGUCAUACAAGCUUCGACAUUUCACGUUAUCAGUCGACGAGCUGUGAGGAUCAAACCAGCAGCUUUGAAAUUAUCGACAGCGAUGACCGAAUCGCUGGAAUAGAUGUUCGAAAAUCAUCCAUCGAACUCGUCGAUGUAGAAACAUUCCAGAAGCACUCAGAAAAAACUGGGCAUGUUGGCCGAAAAUCGUCGCUUGAGACACAUUUCGACUUCGAAUUACCCUCUUCACGUUUCUCCACGCCACGAGCAAAGAAACAAGUAUCCGAACCAAAUAAACAGCACUGUUUAUCUAAUUUCGGAAUGAAAAGUCACAGUCACUACUCAACGCCGCAUCGUGCACGUAGCCCGUUACUCAAUCAGACGUCAUCAAAUUAUAGUUCGCGUGAUAGUCACGAUUCAUAUAGCUACUCGUCGACCAAAUGGCAUCAGCAACAGCAACAAAGUCAAGGUACUACAUCACCACAACGUAGCCCAUUCGCUGAUCCAAGCAAACAACAUUUCCCCAUUUUUAGCCAAUCGACAGCGACGAAUGAUAACACACGUGCAUUUAUUUGCACCGAUCAACGAUGUGCUGCAAUCUUUGAACCAAGACCUUGCCCAAACUAUUCAACACCGUAUUUGAGCAGUCAUUUGACGUCAAGCUCUGAAUUUGAACCGCCGUCACCGCGUCGAGCGGCAAGCGCUUCACCAAAACAUACCUUCACAUUUCGAAUUGUAUUGAAAAAGGUUGAUAGCUCACCCGACGCAAUAUGUCCAUCGACAGAACGAAGACGCAGUAAAGAUCGCACCGACCGAAUUAGACGCCGAGACAGUCGCAAAAAGCGAUUCUGGGAAACCGGAAAAAGUUUCUGAAUUUUGAAAUCAAUGGAAAACAUACCGAACCAAAUUUAGAAACAUUUACGUGGAAAUUUCCGCAUUGAAUAUUGCGCAGCUUAUCGUAUUUUUUUAUACAAAACAUUUCUUCAUAGACAAAGAGAAAACAAACAGAAAUUCUGAUGUGGUGGCAAAAAGGCAAUAUGUUUUAUUGUUACAAAGUAGAUAGGAAGAUACAACCUCAAUAAGAAAUAUAUUAAAAUGAUGUCAAAUGGAACAAAGAUUUUAGGCUAAUUAUGUGUAUGCAAUAUGCAUAGUUUUUUUAUGGUAAAAAAUAAUGAAACAAUUAUUUAUUCAAUGUUACGUUCUUCAAGUCGAAUCGUAAGUGGCUCUUGUUUGCCAAAUGCUUUGAAGUUUUACCUUGGAAAGAUCUAUAAAUACUGUAGUUUACCGUAUCAUAUUUUCUGUACAUGUGAACUUUGUUACAAUUAAAUUGAUUGAAUUCCAAAUAUGUAUAAACCAAACAUUAACUGACAUUAACUGGUGUUAAGAUGCUUUCAUAAUCGUGAUAAAUGAAAGUUUUAUCAUUUCUGUUAUUAUUACCUCACUUGUUCGUUGUGAUAAUUUCAUUAAAAUAACACAGAAAUACGUGUUUUAAAAUUUGAUUCAGCAAAUCAAUCAGUGUGUAGACAAAUUGUAAAAAUUUCUCGCCACGUAACAUAACUUUGUUAACUAUCGAUUCUUUUUACAAACAAUGACAUCAAUUCUGAUUCGAGUCCAGAUUCUGGACCAAAUCAGGAAGCAAUUCGGAUGGAAAUAUAAGAUGUGGGAAAAUGAAUUUGUAUUAAUUUCUAUUUCACAAUACAAAUAACAAAAUAAACAAAAAAAAGUGUGUCUUCGUGUUCUCCUUAAAAAAUCAUCUUGUUCUUCCCCCACAAAAAACACCCCCUCCCCAUAAUUAAUUCUUUUCAAAGGGAGCUAAGUACUGCAAAAUAAAUAAAAUUCGUAUGCAAUCCACACAUGAAGCAAUGUCAAAUUAAGCUUAAGUGAAUCUCGAAUAUAUAUUAAAGAUUUUUUCAUUUUCCAAAUCCAAUGAAAAAGAAAACAGUUCGAAUGGCACAAUGUUUCGAAAUGAAAAAUAAUAGGACGAUCAUUUUUGGCAGAGCAAAAUCAAUAUCAAAUGGAUUGCGCAACAAGUGAUCCUUGUAGAGAGGCAUUGAACAAUUUCAUGUGUAUUUAAUUGAACCACAUGUUGCUUGUGUCUUGUGUCUCCACUUGUUAUAAUGAAAUCAAUGCCACGAUGCUACAUAGCAGGGCAAAAUUUUGAUGAUUAAAAUGCUUUAUUUUCACAGAUUUUUCUUUUGGAAUUUCCACAAUUUUUCCCAAAUCUCGGGAAAAUCCAAAGAAAUUUCGAACAAGGGGCGGGAAAUUCCAACUAAAAACUGUAGAGAAAAACGUUUUUUUCCCUCUCAAAAUUUUAAUAAUUAUUGUUAUAUCGCCAAAGCCAUUUAUAUAAGCAAUGAAAAGUUGAACAUCUGCAAAAUGUCACUAUAUUUUAUUAAAAUAUAAAUGAAUUCUAAUGCAAACUAUGUCAAACUCUCGUUAUAUCCAACUUUUUUAUAUUGCGUGAUUUAUACAGCGUUGAACAGUCUCCUGAAAAUGUAAACGAAUUUAUUUUAUCACAUUAUGUGUCAUCUCAAAAUUCUUGUUGUUAACAUCAAAUUAAAAGAAAACAAAACAACCUCCAUAGUAAAUGCAAUAUUUAAGAAUAUGGAAAAAAAACCGUGUGUGAAUUCAAAUGUAUUAUUUUGUGCAAACUGAAAGUCUGUACAUGAAAUAUAAUUGCUAAAUACACUUAUUUAAAUCGCAUUCAGUUGCCGCAUGUUCUCAUAAAGGGGUGAAAGAUGUCAUAGGAUAAGUUUUGUUUAUCUUUGUGACAAUGAAGUGAAAUACAAUACAAAAAAAUAUAUUCUAAAAUAAAUGUGAAAAAACCUUGUCAAAAUGAAAAUGUAUUCACAAAGCUAGUAAUAAACAAAAUCGUGGUCAUUUCAGCAGAUUCUCUGUAUUCCCAUACAAUAAAUGUUAAACGAUAAAA